AUGACGCGCGAUCUGACAACACGAAAUGACCUGAAAGAGAUCGUUGACAAGUACGACACGAUCUUGUUUGAGUAAGCUCGGCCUCUGCCUCUUUUGCGCUCGCGACAGCUUGUUCGAUGGCGUGGUCUCGCUUGGUCAGGCCGGCAUGGACAAGUCCAAAGGGUAGACGAGGCGAUGAAGUGAUGGAAGCUAUCUUGCACGAACUAACAUUCGCCGGUCCACGCCUAUCCAUAGCUGCGAUGGAGUGAUCUGGGAGGGUGAUCACCUGAUUCCGCACGUCAAGGAGGUGCUCGCUGGACUGCGCAAAAUGGGCAAGCGCUUCUUCUUCGUCACCAACAAGUCAGUUCAUCACCAAAAAAAUGAGACUACUUUAUCCAAGUCCUCCGGAGCUGAUCAGAUGCUGCGUCCUUGCUUCCAUCCCCCAUCCUCCCCACCCGCCGCCGCCCCCACCUUGUCCCCCGUGCGCUCUUCCUGGAUAUGCAGUGCUACCAAAUCGCGUGAAGCAAACAAAGCCAAGUUCGACAAGCUCGGCAUCGAAUGUCACGUCGACGACAUCUUCUCCUCGGCCUACGCCAGCGCGGCCUACCUCAAGAACGUGCUCAACUUCCCCGCGGACAAGAAGGUGUAUGUCGUUGGCGAGAAGGGCAUCGAGGAUGAGUUGGACAGUGUAGGCAUUCGGCAUUCGGGUGGGACGGUGAGUUCGGAGAAGAAGGACCAUGUAAAGGCGUCCCAAGUGGAAGCUUAUCGUGCAUGUUACAAUGCCCCGAUAUCUCGACGGCCACUUCUGUCCCAGGACCCGGCCGACAACGUUUUCAUCGACCUCAUGGAUUUCUCGUCCAUCACACCCGACCCAGAGGUCGGCGCCGUCUUGUGUGGUCUCGACAUGCACCUCAACUACAAGAAGAUCGCUAAAGGGUGUCGGUACCUUCGGGAGAAUGAGGGGUGUCACUUCGUCGCCACCAACUUGGAUUCGACUUUCCCUACCCAUGGGAGCGUGUAUCCUGGCAAGUGCGACAAGCUAGACCCUGUGUUGGAUACUUACUGA